CGACACUUACACUCCCUAAUUUGACCCUAGACACCGACGAGACGGAAGCACAACCUCUCUAAUACUACCACCCCCACCGCCUCCAUCAUUCCCUCGGAUCCCAAACGCGUCGCUCCGCCUCAGCGCCCAGCGCCCAUGGGGACUGCGGUCGACUCAGGGCAGUCCCUGCUCCUCCAACAAGACGGGACCGGCGGUGUCUACUCGACCCUCCCCAUCACCCUGACCAAGGGCCGCCCACCGAAAGAGGCGCUCCAGAACCAGCGGACCAUCCGCUUCGAGGUCCGGUCUCUCGAGGAGUUCGAAUCGACGCUGCGGGAACAUCUCGACAGCAAUCCCGAACACCCGGAGAAUAUCCUCGCCAGGUUCAGUUUCUGGACGGGAGCCAGCUUUCUCGUCACCGCGCCGCAGGAGAUCACGCUCCGGCAGCAGCAGCAGCAGCUUGCGAAUGCUCCGCUUCCUACACCUCCGCUCGAGGGCCAGCAGGGGCAGAGCCAGCACCAACAUCACAAUGCACCUCCAGGCUACCAACCCGCCAUGGCCCCGGGCGUCCCUCAGUACGGCAACGCCCAUCUGAACCCUCCAAACAGCUACCACUCCUCCGCCGCUCCCACCGCUCCACCAGCUCCCAAUUCCUCCAACCCCCCACAACAACGCUCCAACGAGAAAGUCACCAUGACCAUCGACUCCGUCCUCACCCCCACUCUCUCCCGCGACGACCGCCUAACCAAGAACCGCCAACUCGUCUUCGCCAAAGCCCUCAUCGCCGCCGUCCAACGCGCCGACGGCUUCCGCUACUCGUUCCACAACAGCUGGUACAGCGGCCGCGACCACCGUGCGUUCGGCUUCUCCUACUACUGCAACGACAGCUUCCUGAAUAAAGACCGCGCGGCGAAUGGCAAGGGCACGAAGCUGGGGAAGAGGGCUACGAAGCCCGUGUUCCCUUGUGGGGGGUUGGUUCGGAUGCUGUUCUCGGCGGUGGAAAAGACGCUGGUGCUCGAGUAUAGGCAUAAUCCGUGCCACAAGACGUAUGCGGAGCGGGCGCCACCGCCGAGGCCGAAUGCGAAGAGGAGGAGGGUGGACGGGGAGGGUGAGGCGGAGGCAGCUGUGGAUGGGAAUGGUCUAGGGGUGAUGGCGCGACCGCCGAGGCCGAAGAAGAGAAAGGAGAAGGCGCCGUUGAUUUCGGUGGAGAGUGAAUUGCUGGCGCAGUCGAGGUUGUCGAUGCUGGACCUUAUUCGGACGGACCCGUUGCCGGGGAUGGCGCCGGCAUCUUCGGCGGAUGGAGGACUCAAUGGUCAGGGUAAUGGGGGAGGGAAUGUGAAUGGGGCUGUGGCAGCGCAGGCGCAGGGGCAGCCGAAGCCUCCGAAGAGGUCGAGGAGGAGCUGUGAGAUGUGCCAUGCCAAGCGGGCGAAGUGCGACGCCGUCCGUCCCACUUGCUCCACAUGCCGCGACAAGGGCCGCCAAUGCAUCUAUUCCGCAGAUGAAGACGGCCAACCUGCGGCUGAGCAAGAGCAAGCUCAAGACCCGGAGGCUCUAGUCGCGGAGCUGCGCAAGAAGUUGGCGGAUAUGGAAGAGAAGUACGCCGAGGCACAGGCACAGAUCCGCGAGUUCCAGGCCAAGGAGAAGGAGAGGGAGCGGGAGAGAGAAGUGAAAGCUUCCACCAGGGCUCAGCCAGUUGGCUCGGGGAUGGCCAUCCAAACGCAGUCGCAUAUACAGGUGCAACAACAACAGCCGCAGCAGCAACAGCAACAACACCAAGUACGCACGCAGCCGCAGACGCAUAUGCAGCCGCCAAGGAGGCAGUCUCAUGGCAGACAGCCGUCCCAUGCCCAUGUGCAUUACCAGGCGCCUACUCGGUCCCCUCUCCAAGCCCAACCUCCCUCGCUGCAGGACCAGCUCCAAUCGCACUUACAAGACCAGUCGCAGCCCCAUCUCCAGAACCCGGCUCAGUCGUAUACACAGGUGUCUCCGACUUAUCCACCACCGAGCCAGACGCAGUCGCAGUAUCAGGCACAGCAGCCUCAGACGCAUUACCAGGUCCAGCAGGGCCAUGGGCAUGCGUUGCCUGCGGCGAGUUAUCGGCAGGCACAGGCGCAGCAGGGGCAGGCUUCGCCGUGGGUGUUUUAUCAGUAGGGGAGAUCUCGUGGACGGGCACGUGACUAGGGGCUCGUCUGGGAGUGGGAAGGGGCAAAUGAGGUUGGGUGAAUACCUGGAGGGUUUUUCCUUUUCUUUCGUACUUUGCUUAUCGGCUUUCCGCCGUGUUUUCCUGGCUGGGCAUGCUGGCAGCCACCUACCUAUCUAUGAGCGCGAGGGAACGGAAUCGAAGAUCCGGCAGUGCAGUGUUAUGAAGCUCGUCUAUACCCCCCUUAGUACUUUUGUUUAUGCGGUUAUUGGUUCUGGGUGGGAUUAUGGGUUAUGGGUUAUCUAUCUACGGGGUAUUGGAAGGGUUCUGGGAUGGGGGUAUUCGGGUUUAUGUAUAUGAAAUGACGGGUUGGCUUGAUGGGAUGGGUAAGGUUAUAUUUCUAAGUACUAUAUGUAUCGGACCGUCUCCUAGGCUUGGGAUACAAUAGUGUCUCGAUAGGAAUGCUUAUGUCGAAAUAAGAAUUUUGUGAGGG